AUGUGGAAGUCUGUGGUCGAUGUGACCUAUUGGCUAACGACUGUGCUGAUGGCGCUUUUCACGCUGGUGACUGUCCUUGUCGCAGUGGGCCUGUCUAAAGGCUUCUUUCGGCUUAGCUUGUCGUCCUUGUCGUGGCGUCAUAUUUUGUCCCUCACCGGCAUGUCGUUUCGCGAGAAGCAACUCCUGGCCUCUAUGGAGGCGGAGGAGCUGGUGGAGGCCGCGUUGCGGGAGGCUGGUUGGAAACACGUGUUUCUUCGUCGGCGCGUGCGUGUGCAGCGCCUCGGGCACAACCGCGAAAUUGACGUGGUGGCGGUGGGACCUGUUGUACUUGUGGUGGAGGUAAAGCACUGGCGCGGCCAAGUUUGGAGCAACGGCCCGCGGUGGUUCCAGUGCCCCAAUGACUCCAGGCGUGCAUUGGAGUUUGAGGACAUUCAGGAAGACAACCUAGUGAAGGCAGCCGCACUUCGCCGCUUUAUUGAAAACGACAGACGAAUCCCGCUUUCAGACUUUCACACGCUUAGUGCCAAUGGCUCACGCACGGCGGCGGGCGUAAUGGAGGGGAAGUCGCGGAUGCAAGGCACGUGGUAUACGGACCGUCGUGUGCAUAAGCAAUGUGGUGAGCUUGUUGUGCCGGUCGUCGUCUUUACGAAUCCUGCCGUUGUAUUGGACCCUAACACCGUAAAGCAAAAGGAGCGUGUUUUUGAUCUUUCCUCCUUCCAAUCAUUUGCAGCGCAGCUUAUGCGCGACCUGCGUGGGCCCUUGCCUUGCGGUAGUCCUUGGGGACGCUUCGCACAAGCGUUCUGUUCCAUGAUUUCUGGGUCGGGGGAAAGGGCCUUGGCGCUUUCCGCCCUAGAGGAAGAACGCGUGGCCGCUGCCGUGGACACGAUGCGAACGUGGGACAUGAUCUACCUGCACAGCGGCCGUCUGAUCCACGGGGAUGUUGUGGAACUCUGUCUCCCUUCUAUUAACCGCCGCGUGGAGCGGAAGCACGUGCUGGAUGUUGAGGUGCGCUGGUUUGACGGAGUCGUGGGUUUCCUGCGAAGUCUUUGGGAGGGAAGUGGCGGUGCGGUGCGCGUGCGACUUGGCGCCACCCAGCGACUGGCGAUGAGGCGUGACGAAAUUGUCAUCCCCAUCACGCGAAGAAACCUGAAGCAAAUGCGGGCUAACGAUCGGCUAGUGGUGAAGAUGGCGGGUAGCAGAGAUACCGAGACGGUGGCCCUGGCUGACAUAUGCAGGCUGCGACUUAGUCACCACAUGGAGGAUUCGCACGGUUGA